AAUUGUCUGUACCAGUCUGUCGCAGGAACGAACGGGAACCAGUCUAGGGCUAUCGCUGUGAGAAGCUUGUAAAACCAAAGGGACGUCAUUCAGAAGCAGACGAAAAUGGCGAGUGGACGGCAAGUUUUGUGCAAACUUGUGAAGCAGGCUAGCUUGUUGAAGCCACGGACGAACCAUGCCUUUGCCUUAUCUUGUGUACGAAAUAAGUCAUCUGCAGAUACUCUUGAGAGCAGUGGUACUGGUGAACAUCGGAUUGAACCUGCUCAAGCUUCAUCUUUGAUGGAUAUUGGAACAAGAGCUAUCUUCUCAGAAGAGCACGACAUCUUCCGCCAAAGUGUCAGAAGGUUUUUCCAAGAGGAGGUAACUCCUCACCAUGCUCAGUGGGAGAAGGAUGGCCAAGUUAGCAGAGAGGUGUGGGAACAGGCUGGGACACACGGGUUGCUGGGCAUUCAGACUCCAGAGACAGCGGGAGGUAUUGGUGGCGACGUCCUCUCAACAGCCAUUACCUGGGAAGAACAAAUGUACGGUAACAACUCUGGUGUAGGGUUCGCGUUACACUCGGACAUCGUCAUGCCCUACAUCACCAACUACGGCAGCAGGGAACAGGUGGAGAAGUACAUUCCUCGGAUGAUGGCGGGCACCUGCAUCGGCGCCAUCGCUAUGACAGAACCUGGUGCCGGCAGUGAUUUACAGGGAGUGAGAACCAAUGCCAAGAAGGAUGGAUCGGACUACAUUCUCAAUGGCAGCAAGGUGUUCAUCACCAAUGGUUACAUGUGUGACCUGGUCAUCGUAGUGGCACUGACCAACACCAGCGCCAAGUCGGCCGCCCAUGGCAUCAGUCUGUUCCUGGUGGAUGCUGGGACUCCUGGGUUCAUCAAAGGUCGCAAACUGGAGAAGAUGGGGAUGAAGGCUCAGGAUACGGCAGAGCUGUUUUUUGAGGAUGUGCGUCUCCCGAAGGAAGCCCUGCUGGGAGAGGAGAACAAAGGAUUCUACUACCUGAUGGGAGAGCUGCCCCAAGAGAGGCUCAUCAUCGCAGACAUGGGCAUAGCAUCCUGUGAGUGGAUGUUUGAAGAGACGAGGUCCUACGUCAAACAACGCAAGGCUUUUGGCAGGACCCUCUCUAAUCUGCAGACAAUCCAGCACAAGUUGGCAGAGAUGAAGACCGAUGUCUGCGUGGGCCGAGCAUUUGUUGAUCAGUGUCUAGAGCUGCACAACAAGAGGAAGCUUGACAAUGGCAUGGCCUCCAUGGCCAAAUACUGGAUUUCGGAUCUGCAACAGAAGAUUGCCACCCAGUGUGUCCAACUUCAUGGGGGGUGGGGCUACAUGCUGGAGUACCCUAUCGCCCGCGCCUUCGUGGACUCCAGGGUCCAGCCCAUCUAUGGGGGUGCUAAUGAGAUCAUGAAGGAGCUGAUUGCAAGGCAGAUCAUAUCUGACAAAUAGGCCAGCCCCAGAUGAGUUAGUGAUAUUCAAGUGACCUGAUUCUGCAGCAACAAGUCCAUCCAUAACAUAGUCCUCACACGGCACCAUGACUUGACUGUUAUCAAUAUAUGUAUAUGCAUUUGUUGGGACCAGUUCAAACCUCAAACCUACAAUCCCUUAACAUAUUCAAUGUAAAAAAUGUCAUGGUCAUGCGUAAUCACGAUGAAGAAUAACUUGUUAUCUGUAAGAGACUUGUUUUGAAUUGUCCAUAUUAUUAUUAAGUUAACUUGCUCCUUACUUUGUUUGGCACUUUGGUGUUGUGUAUACAGGUAUAUCUGUUGACCAGAGAAUAUGGAAUGAAGGAGUUACUCCUGACAAUUAAGCAGUGCACAAUACUGUUUAUUGGGCAAAUGAAGUUUUAAGACGUCAUGCGCUUUGAUCACUGUCGGAAGAGCAGUAGCAGAGCAUCCCAGUGUAUCAACUACACUCGUUAGAGUGGCAGUGAUCAUCUGUGAUAACCUACAGCUGCAGCCGUUAUAUGGUCUCUGAUGUUGAUGGAUUAGCUUCCUUCUUAUCCUUGAUGUGCUUGUUGAUGAUUUCAGUCUUUUACUGUAAAUCAGUAAUUGUCCAAUAUAUGUUAUGAUUCUGAACAAAUCCAUAUUUUUCAGUAAAUCUUUAAGAAAU